AACAGGAAAGAAAAGCUGAAAAUCCUCGAUCCCAGACGUCUCCGGUGUACCGUACAGCGCGCAGGAACGAAUCGCCGUUCCGAUAGUUUCGGAGCAGACUGUAGCUGUCCUUAAUAACGUCUUUUGGUGGAAAGAAAAGAAACGGGGACUUUUUGAGGUUAAUGACGGCAGAUCCGUCUUCACGUAACUAUUUUUGUUAUGAGUGUAAUCAUAUCGUGUGUAGUUGCGUCACGUCGAGAGGAGAACAACAGCACGAGGUCACGGUGAAUGCCUGUGGAUCGCGUAACUAGACUAGUCCUGUACGUGCACGUCGGUAUGACACGCCUACUCGAAGUGAUUUUAAACAUGAGAGGGAAAACAGGAAAGGCAGCAGUAUGCACCGUGUCCAUGAGCGAACGCUACGACACCACGUCUGAGCCCUGAUCGUGCCGCUUAACACCAUGGUGUACAUCGGAGAGCUUCCAACAGACUUCCUGAGGAUCACGCCGACGGUCCAGCAGCAGCAGGUGCAGAUGGACGCCCACGCGGCGCAGCAGCUGCAGUACGGAGGCGGCCUCGGCUCCAUGGGUCGGAUCAGCAUCACAGUAGUUCAGGCGAAGUUGGCUAAGAACUAUGGCAUGACGCGCAUGGACCCGUACUGCAGAAUUCGGCUCGGCUACACCGUGUACGAAACUCCUACGGCACAUAACGGAGCGAAGAACCCGCGCUGGAACAAAGUGAUUCAGUGCCCGUUGCCGCCUGCGGUCGACUCCUUCUACCUGGAAAUCUUUGAUGAGAGGGCGUUUUCUAUGGAUGAUCGCAUCGCCUGGACUCACGUGACUAUCCCGGAGAGUUUGAGGGAAGGCAGCAUCGUUGACGAGUGGUACAGCCUGAGUGGAAGACAAGGAGACGAUAAAGAAGGCAUGAUUAACCUCGUCAUGUCCUACUCUUCGGUGCCAGCGGGAAUGAUCAUGCCGUCCCAGCCUGUGGUCCUGAUGCCCACCGUUUACCAGCAGGGCGUCGGCUACGUUCCCAUUACAGGCAUGCCAGGUGUUUAUAACCAGGGGGUGAUGCCCAUGGGGAUGCCUGUCAGCGCCCCUCACAGUGCCCCCUACAGUGAGGAGGAUCUGCAGGCCCUGAGCGACAUGUUCCCUAACCUGGAUAAGGAAGUGAUCCGCAGCGUGAUGGAUGCGCAGCAGGGCAACAAGGACGCUGCCAUUAAUUCGCUGUUGCAGAUGGCUGAGGAGGUCUGAUCGUGUUGUAAACACACACAAGGCACUCAGUGGGUACACAAAAAGGCCACUAAAAUCGUUCACCAACAGAAGGAUUGUGUUCUGUGUUCUCUUCACUUGUCCAUCACGUCAACAUGAAGCCGCAGCAUCACUGGAUUCUAUAUUCACUGUUAAAAUGACUCGCUGAUGCUUUUGCUCUGAAGAUAAUCAUGUUUUGGCUCCAUUCUAUAUUUUUCAGCUUUAUCGUUCAGUAUUUUAUUAAUUUUAAUUUUAUGUAGUCUGGCUUUUGCCAUGUCUCCACUGAGAGCUUUCUGUCUCAUAUAAUAUAAAUAAAUAAAUCUAUAUCAAAUGGGUUGUAAUAUAUUCUGAAGAUGAUAUUUAGAGAUAUUUAGAGCAGGUCUAACGAUAACAGCUGAUUUAUUUUAUUAUUUUUUUUGCAAAUAUCAUCCGGUUAUUAAAAAAUUCGACGAUGUUUUGCAUAUUUUAAGCAGAUUACAUCAGCGAUGCCACUGUUGCUCUCUUGCCUUGGGUUUGGAUGCACGGCCACUUAAGUCUUGAGUCUUUUUAAUUCAUUUACAGUAUAAUAAAGCAAAACAUUCUAAACACAAUUGGAUCACUGAUCGUAGCGCAUCACAGUUUUUUUUAUCACACCAGAAUAAUUAAUACAUUAUUGUAAUCCUUUCUAAAUUUUUAGAUCCAAAUUGUGAAUCAGGAAGAAUCAUUAUUGUACGGUCUCAGAGAGAAUUCUAUUUCCCUGCAGUUCCUUGCUGUGUCAUGAGUGUGAAAUUAGACCACCUGCAAUGCCAAAGGUUUUCUGUUAUGGAGUUUAAAGUAGUCGGACCUCAGUGAUAGUUUAACGUUAAACUAUUCAACUGCUACCUUAAAUUAAGUUUGUUUGUGAACUCGUGCGAGCAUCUUGAUGUGCGAUUAGCACGUAUUUUGCGAGUGCCUGUAUCUUGUACAACAACAAAAAUAAUAAUUGAAAAGAGAGCGUGUAGUCAACCCUCUUGGCCUCUGUCAGAAAUGUCAGAAAAUGAGAAAGAAUUAGGCAGCGAUCUUUCAAAUCCACCGAACGUCGUCUUGUUGAAAAUACGUUAAAAGCCUUUUGUUUUGUCAGAAGGGUGUACAAACGUUUGCACUCGGGUGUACGUUUUUAUCGAUUCAUUUCACAGGCACUGGCAAAACGAAUGCUAAAAGCACACUGGUUGUGUAUAUAUAACAAACAUGUUUACCCACAAUUCCAUGCUCAGUGAAAUUAGAUGCACACACAAUACAUGCCAAAGGUUUUGUUUGAAAGCUCAUUUAGAGUAUUAUUUUUUUUCUUUUCUGAUGUUUCCCUUUGACUUGAAGACAAACGAAUAUUUGCGAGGUCAGCAUUAUUGCUCAUUAAUGUUCAUGUUUAAUUAUUAUUAUUUUCGUUAAAAAAAAUAAAAAUCUCACAGCAGAUGUUGCCAUAUUCCUGGAACGUUUGGAAGUUCUCAACGUAAUCGGAUCUUUUCCAAAGCGGUGCCCUCGCCUGCCUUACGAAUGCAAAGCCGAAUGCAAGACUUAUAAUCUUAACCGCGUCUCGUGUUCUGCGUAUACGUAUCAAAUUGCACGUGGAGAUCAACCGCGGAUUUCUUACAGAAAGAGUCGAAGCGAUAUUUAAAUCAGGCUUGCUUAAUUAUUUCUUAACGUGGUCUUAGCUCACUAAAAUGCUUGAUGCGGGUUGUUGUUGUUUUUGUUUUGAUUAAUCAUGGAUAACCGUGUAUUUAUUAGUCUCUUAGCGAGGAUGUUAAAUUCCUACCUUAUGUGUCCGCUCAUGCAAAGAGCAGUGAUGUUGAACUCUUUGGCACUUUACUUUCUGAACUGUAUGAUUUUUUUUUUGUCUGUUUUAAGUUGAACAGUAUACACAAUAAAACAAAACUAUUCUCGUCUCCA